AGCGUAGCACGCUACAUCAUUUGUUUGACAACCCUCAUCGACAGCAGAGAAGUCGUCGGCGACGCCAUGUCGAGCAAGGUGUCCCGCGAGACGCUGUACGAGUGCGUCAACGCGGUGCUGAACCUGUCGCAGGAGAAGAAGCGCAACUUCCUGGAGACGGUGGAGCUGCAGAUCGCGCUCAAGAACUACGACACGCAGAAGGACAAGCGCUUCGCCGGCUCCGUGCGGCUGAAGUACGUGACGCGGCCCAACAUGCAGGUGUGCGUGCUGGGCGACCAGCAGCACUGCGACGAGGCGCGCAACCUCGGCGUGCCCUGCAUGGACGCCGAGGCGCUGAAGAAGCUCAACAAGAACAAGAAGCUCGUCAAGAAGCUGGCCAAGAAGUACGACGCGUUCCUCGCCUCCGAGUCGCUCAUCAAACAGAUCCCGCGCCUGCUGGGGCCCGGGCUCAACAAGGCCGGCAAGUUCCCCAGCCCGCUGUCCCACCAGGAGUCCAUGUCGCAGAAGAUCGACGAGGUGAAGGCCACCGUCAAGUUCCAGAUGAAGAAGGUGCUGUGCCUGUCGGUGGCGGUCGGCCACGUGGACAUGAACGCGGACGAGCUGGCGCAGAACGUGCACCUGUCCGUCAACUUCCUGGUGUCGCUGCUGAAGAAGCACUGGCAGAACGUGCGCUCGCUGCACAUGAAGUCCACCAUGGGCCCGCCCCAGCGGUUGUACUAGCCGUUAUGUGCAAUCCGAUACAAUUGUAAUAUUAUGUAUUUAUCCAGUAAAUAAAUAGUUUAUCUAUAAAUGCUUUUGCAAUAAUUA